AUGGAGGUGCAAAAGGGGAACGCAGUUAUGCUGAGGGAUUACAGGAAAGGAAACUGGACGGUGGAAGAAACAAUGGUUUUGAUCGAGGCCAAGAAGUUGGAUGAACAAAGAAGAUCAAUGGUGAGAGGUACCCCAUCUACUACCACCAAACCCACCGGCGCCGGCGGUGAACUCCGGUGGAAAUGGAUCGAAGAAUACUGCUGGAAAAAAGGUUGUUUCAGAAGCCAAAACCAGUGCAACGAUAAGUGGGAUAAUCUAAUGAGAGAUUUCAAGAAAGUAAGAGAGUUUGAGAGAAGAAGAAUGUCUGUGAAAGACAACAAUAGCGAUGGGGUUGGUGGCGAUGGAUCGUAUUGGAAGAUGGAGAAGAUGGAGAGGAAGAAUCAUAAUCUGCCAUCAAAUUUGUUGCCACAAAUUUAUGAAGCUUUGGCUCAUGUUGUGGAGGCUAAAUUGGGAAUUUCAGUUCUUCCGACGUCCGUGGUUUUCCGGCCUUGCACCAGUACUACCACCAGUCCUCCUCCACUUCCACCACCGCCACCGCCACCGCCACCGCCACCGCCACCACCACCACCACCACCACCAAGAAGAAGGUCAAGUGAAGAAGGAAGUGGAUUGAUGGAAGCCAUUAAAGGGUAUGAAGAGAGAGAAGAAACAAGGCAUAAGGAGUUGUACAUUAUGCAUCAAAAGAGGUACAAGAUUGAAGAGUCAAAGAUUGAAAUGGAAAGACAAGGUUUUAAUGGAUUGGUUGAUGCUAUUAAUAAUCUUUCCCAUUCUAUCCUCGCUUUUACUUCACAAAGGACUCCUCAUUAA